AAGCUGAAAAGAAGUACUUAAGAACCUAAAAACAGCAUUAAGAUUGAAGUACCACAGUAGUUUGAUACUACUUGGUCUUGUUCAUCUUGAUAAUCUCAUAGUUGUACCUUCCAAUACGACAACACGACAACUACACUUUCAAAAAAUCCAAUCAAGACCAUCAUGCCUGAAGAAGAGGACGCCUCCGCUACACCAGGUGGGGAAGCUGCAAUCGCUUCGCCCCCACCGAAAGACGCUGGUGCGGCGCCAGCUGUCGAACUGCCACCUGAGGAGGACAGCGCAGAAGAGAGCAAGAUUGGAGCAAAGGGCGAGGAUGACGAUGCGGGGGAUGCCGCUCCAGCCCCCGCUAGGGUCGCUACAGAAGGAGAUACAACUCCAGCUGGUGCACCAACUGCUGCUGAGAAUGCUGAUGUUGAUACUGCUGGCAAAGCAGUAGCAGAACCAGGCGGUGAAGGUGGAGAGCAAGCAGAAGCAGAACAAGACGCUGAUCAAGAUGAGAAAGGAGAAGAUGGAGAUGCUGACGAACAUACAGUAGAUGGUGGUGAUGCUGCUGCAACAGAGCCAGACGAAGAAGCGUGGCGACGACAGAAGAUCAUCCUCAAACAAGUACCCCAAACUUAAGGCUUCCGAUAAACCUAAUCCACCGUCCCUAAUAACUGUAAAAAGGUGCUGGGGUCCACCCUCAACAUCUAAGCACCCAAUAGAUUGAUAAAUAUCAAGGGGAGGAACAUCAACUUCAUCGUCAGGGGAUAUUAAAUCUUAAGCAGAUCGUUGCCGAAGAGUUAUUUCACGUCAUCAUUAUAUCAAGGGGACGAAGGGAAAUAUUAAGAAACAAAUAUGCUUGGCAGUGACUGCGGGAUCCCUGUUGUACUACACGAUGAACACACGAUGGACGCGCUAACAAACUGCACAGCCCGCUUCAGUGACUGACGAACAGCAAGCGACGCUCGACUAUGUGGCAGAACACAACUUAGAAGCACUAACAUCAUGGAUCACGGAACCGAUAUUGCAUUAAGGGUUGAAACAUUUCAUUUUUACAAGCCUUCUCUACUUGAGAUUGCUACUAAAAAAUGAAAUGUUUCAACCUUUAAUUGCAUUCUUUGCCGGACGAACAUCAUCCGUUUGUACUAGAAGCGUUUAUUUGAUAGUUUACGAGGAGAUUGAUAAGCAAUAAGAGAUACGUUGAAGUAAGUGGAUAAUGAUGACGUGGCUGGUUUUUCAUACUUUCAAAGACUAGCACUUUUCUUUUGCACGACUAGUGCAAGGGGUUUGUAGUUUAUAUAGUGAAUAUCAUUAACCUGCUCCCAUAAGAGGACGAUAGUGGUUUCCCCAUAUUUUGCUUAGAGGUGCGCUGCAAAUCUUGAUUGGCUUUCACCUUUUUGGGUGAAGGUUUAGGUCCCGCGACGCUCAAAGCACUAAGUAAAGCAGCCGGCUAGUUUUCACCUCACCAAGUCUAGGCUUAUCCAGUGCAGCAAUAUAUACCAUAGUGAAUUCAUAUUAUUACUACGUAAAACAUAAACAGCUGGUUAGUUUUCAUCCCUCUAAAUUGUUAGGCUUAUCCGUUCGCGCAAUAUGUAAAAUGAGUUGAUGUUUUAGUAUUCCUUCUAAGUACUCUUCAACUUCUUCACUUUUUCAUUUCUUUGAGUUUGAGUUUCUUCUACUCAAGAGGACCCGCUUGAUGUUUUGUGUAAGAAUGAUGAGUCAGUAGACAAUAUAAUCGAAAUCUUCAAGGUCUACAUGAUCUGCAAUUUGCUGGCUACGAUGAGCGAUGACGACCGACUACGGAUUCUGGCAGAAUUGAAGAUUGACAUGAAAGCCACAGUUGGAGCGGCAACAUCGAUUAUGGCGCAAUGUUGUACACUUCAUUUCUACAAGGGAGGCAAUUUUCUUGUAUGGUUCUGGCAUUUUUGGUAUAGCCUGAAUUUGAUCCUAAGGGUUCUCUUCUUGUUUUCCCUUAGGAUCAAACUCAGGCUAUACCAAAAAUACCAGAACCAUUCACUUCUUCUUUUGUGAAGAAAUCAAAUGCAGGCAAGAAUAGAAAUGACUCACGCCUUGCUUUGAGCUCUAAAGCACAGGCCAACAAUAUUGGCGACAUGGUGAAGGAAUCAAUAGCAGGACCACCGAAAGAGGAGGAGGAGGAGGCAGCUGCAGCUGUAGAGGGAGGAUGAACUACAGGGAUGAUGUUGUAGUUGCAGGUAGUCAGGAAUGUUGCUUCAUUUUGAUAUCGACGCAACAUAAAACAGCCAUGAUGCUAGCGCUACUGAUACUCGCAAGAAAGGGAGAGUUAACAUUGUUGGAUAAGAUGAACGCCUUUGAACCGCUCGAUGAGUAUCAUUCUAGUACUAGGAGAUGUGAACAAUCAUCUUCGGCGCGGGUGCCGCAAUUAUGCAUGUUCCCUCUGGCAUAAGUAUACUUUCCGAUGGUCAAUUAAGGAGACGACGAUGAUAGAGGGACCACAAUAGCCACCCCACUCCAGCAAAACUGAUUUUCGCAGACUCUUCUAAGUACUUUUAAUCUCUGGAGGAGCGAGCAGGAUUUUUCUUUUAGAUGACCUAAUAUAAAUAUCCUUACAAACCAGAUACUUUUAGAAGUUGAUUCAUCGUUUUCUGUGCGAGAAUGAAGAGCAGGAGGAUUGACCAUGCUGCAGAUGAAACUCGUUUCGUGUGCUUGCACCUAGAGGAC